AUGGCAAGAAGAAGCAAGGGUCGCCAAAAGAUAAGCAUGUCCAAGAUGGAGAAUGAGAGUAACCUACAAGUCACCUUCUCCAAGCGCCGCUCCGGCCUCUUCAAGAAGGCCAGUGAACUCAGCACUCUCUGUGGUGUCGAAAUCGCCAUCGUUGUCUUCUCUCCAGGCAAGAAGGUCUUCUCUUUCGGCCAUCCUUGUGUUGAGUCCAUCGUCGAAAGGUUCCUCACCCGAAACCCUCCACCAAACACUGGCACUUACCCUCUCAUCGAGGCUCACCGGAAUGCAAGUGUCCGCGAGCUCAACAUGCAACUCACACAGGUGCAAAACAUGGUAGAAACCGAGAAGAAGCUUGGCGAAAGCUUUAACAUGACAAGGAAGGCUAGUCAGAGCCAGUGUAAUUGGUGGGAAGGUCCUAUUGAUGAUCUUAACUUGAAACAGCUUGAGCAGUUGAAGGCUGCCAUGGAAGAUCUCAAGAAGAAUGUGGACAAGCUUGUGCUUGAGGCUCGGAAUCCUUUGCCUUAUACCGCCGCGUCCACGAGUUCUUUCGGACGAGUUGGUGUUCCAUCAUCUGAUGCUAGGGUUUCUGGUUUGAGUGGUACCAUGAUGUCUUAUGGAUUUAAUCAUGUCAAUAAUCGUGGGUUUUUUUGA